AUGGACACUGAACAAUUAAUUAAAAARCCAUCAAAAUGGGAUCAAACAAAUAUAGUGGCUAAAGCUUAUUGCAUUUGGAUUUACUCAACAUUUAUCAAUGGACUGAAACGUGAGGUCGAUAUCAAUGAUCUGUACCGAUGUCCCAAAGCCGACGAAUCGGAAMUAUUGGUCAAAACAUUGGAAAAAAACUGGAACAAUGAGCUCMAGAAACGGUCGCCCAGUUUUAGGUGGGCAUCAAUCAAGACGUUUGGACCGCAAUUGUUAUUACCGUUAUGUUUGGUUAGUUUUGGGGAAUGCUUCGUAAAGAACGUCCAGCCAGUAUUGCUCGGKUAUGUUAUCAGAUAUUUUGCCCAACCGGACAAACAGGACUACAAAACAGGUUGUCUGUAUGCCGGCGGUGUUGUCCURUCGGCACUGACCCUAGUGUUGACCUAUCAUCCGUCAGCCGUCAUGGAGUGUCGGGUGGCCACACGGGCACGGGUUUCCUGGUGUACGCURAUGUAUAAGAAAGCAUUGAAACUGAAACCGUCGGCUUUCGGCCGGACAACCGUCGGCCAGAUAUUGAAUCUCAUGUCCAACGAUGUCAGCCGAUUUGAUGAGUUUAUCAUUUUGGGUCCAUUCAUGUUUACGGCACCCAUACAAUCGAUAAUCGGUGUCUAUAUAUGCUAUCUAUAUAUUGGUUGGACUAGUUUUAUUGGCUUAGGUAUACUGUUCCUGUUUAUACCGUUAAAUGCAAUUACUGGUCGAUUGUUUCAAAAAAUUAGAUCCAAAGUAGCCGUACUAUCCGAUAAUAGGAUACGUUUGAUGAAUGAGAUUAUUAAAGGUAUGGCCGUUAUUAAAAUGUAUGCCUGGGAACAACAUUUUGCCAAAUUGAUAGGCGAUGCCCGAAAGAAAGAGAUGUCCCAAAUAAAAAUGGCAACACUGUUGAGGGCAUUGAAUAUAUCCAUMUAUAUUAUCAGCGGUCGAGUCAUACUGUUUGUAGUAUUUAUUACUUAUGUACUGACGGGUAAUCAUUUGAAAGCUGAGGUAGUUUUCGUAACGAUGCAAAUCUAUAAUACAUUGAGACAGUCGAUGACCUGGUGGUUCACCCAAGCGGUAGCACUGGCAGCUGAAAUCAAUGUUUCGUGUAAUAGAGUACAGAAUUUUCUACUAUUGGAUGAAAUCGAUGAUAAAGUUAUUAGUAAUAGUGAUAAACAAUUUGAUAAUAAUUUUGAUAAUAAUAAUAAUAAUAAGGAUAUUAAAUAUACGGAUAAAAUAGACAAUGAUUUGAGUGUCAAUGUUAACGAUAUGUCUGCCAAAUGGAUAGUUGAUAGCGAUGUUUGUACCUUAAAAAAUAUAUCAUUAACGGUAAAACCGGGUGAACUGUUGGCAGUUAUAGGACCAGUUGGUUCAGGAAAGAGUUCAUUUCUAAUGUCACUAAUGAACGAAAUAUCUGUAACUUCGGGUACGGUUAGAGUCAACGGUUCCAUAGCUUAUGCAUCACAGGAGUCGUGGAGUUUUAACGCUAGUAUUAUACAGAAUAUUACAUUUGGUUUGCCAUUCGAUUCGAGGAAAUGGCGAGAAGUCAUAUCUGUCUGCGCUAUGAAUACCGAUCUAAAACUGUUUCCGUUUGGAGAGAAAACAUUAGUCGGAGAGAGAGGCGUCUCAUUGAGCGGCGGACAGAAAGCCAGACUAACAUUAGCCCGUGCUCUCUAUAAUGACGCCGAUAUCUACCUAUUGGACGAUCCGUUGAGUGCAGUGGACAGUGAAGUAGCCAAACAUAUAUUUGAAAAAUGUAUAACUGAAUAUCUGAAAUCAAAAACCGUUGUAUUAGUCACACAUCAGAUCCAAUUCAUACGUAAGGCUACGAAAAUCUUAGUCCUGAGCGAUGGCGGCCGACCCAUGGGUUUCGGAUCCUAUGAUCAGUUAGUCGGUGCGGGCAUUGAUUUUAUGUCAAUACUGAAAGAAGAAACCAACGAUAAAACCGCAGAUGAAGUUCACAAACAAAAACAACAACUAAUUGAAAACAUGAAGAAAUCUGAUGAACAACAACAACAUCAGCUGCUGAUGACUAAAAUGUCUGAACAGCUAAUCAUUGCACGCAAGCGGACAAUGUCGGCACUGUCGACAAUAUCGGAUGUUGAUCCAAUACAAACUACUGUGAUUAGUAGUGAUGCCGAUGAUCCAAAACUAGCUGAUGAAUCAAAAGCUACCGGUUCUAUAGGUGCCCAUACUUAUUGGAAUUAUCUACGAUCAGGUGCCGGCCCUAUACUAUUGGUUUCGGUCAUAAUGUCUUCAUUGGUAUCCCAGGCACUGAUGCACUACAGUGACUGGUGGCUAACCGAGUGGACCAAUGCUGAAGACAGUAGACUAGAUAAUAGUAAUGAUAAUACUAUGGGUACAGGUGCUGAUCAAUCAUCAAAUAUCAUACUAUACACUGUUAUAGUUGCGACCACUUUCUCAACAUUGAUCAUCAGAUCCGCCACAUUCUUCAUGAUGUGUAUAACAGCAUCGGUCCGAUUGCAUAAUAAAAUCUUUUAUCAACUAAUGCGGGCACCGAUAGGUUUUUUUGACAACAAUCCUGUCGGCCGAAUACUCAAUAGGUUUACCAAAGAUGUCGGCAUUAUUGACGAACAGUUGCCUCUAUGUGCCUAUGAUUUGAAUAUUAUAGUAACACUGAUUAUCGGUACAGUCAUAAUAGUAGCCAUUGUUAACUGGUAUCUAAUAUUUCCGGCACUUGUAGUCAUUGCAAUCAUACUAACUGUGCGUUGGAUUUAUGUUAAGACUGGACGCGAUUUGAAACGAUUUGAAAAUAUGGCCCGGAGCCCAAUGUACAAUCAUAUGACAACAACGUUGAACGGUUUGGCAACAAUCAGGGCCUUCAAAGCCCAGUCAAUGUUUCUCCAGCAGUACUACCGGUACCAGAAUGACCACACGGCCACCUAUUUUAUGUGUUUUGUAGCCUCACGUGGCUUAGGUAUAGUAAUGGACUUGAUUUGUGUGGUUUAUGUGUUUUUUGUGGCACUAUUUCUAAUGCUAUUUCACACUGGCCUACCCGGUGGUAAUGCCGGUCUAGCUUUAUCUAUGGCACUGGGUUUGACUGGUAUGACUCAAUGGGGUGUCAGACAGUCGGCUGAAGUGGAAAACCAGAUGACAUCAGUUGAACGUAUACUUGAAUACAGUCGACUCAAGUCGGAGGCAGACCUGGAAACUGAAACCAAACCAUCCGAUGAUUGGCCACAACGGGGAACCAUAGAUUUCAAGGAUGUCUCACUUACUUACGAUAAUUCACCCAAACCUACACUAAUGGGUCUGAAUUUUUCGAUCAACGGCGGCGAAAAAGUGGGUGUUGUUGGCCGUACCGGUGCCGGCAAGUCAUCCAUAUUGUCGGCAUUGUUUCGUAUGCAUGAAUGUGACGGUCAGAUCAUAAUAGACGGAAUUGAUUCAAAAAGUCUGGGUCUUCACGAUCUGCGUAAACAUAUCUCAAUCAUACCACAAGAACCGGUAGCUUUUAUCGGAACUUUACGUAAAAAUUUGGAUCCAUUUGAUGAACAUUCAGAGGACAGGCUAUGGGAUGCCCUGAAACAGGUUCAGCUAAGGGAUGCCGUAAUGGAAAUGCCCGGACGUCUCGAUUAUCAACUGUCCGAAAGCGGCGGUAAUCUGAGUGUAGGCCAGCGUCAGCUCAUAUGUCUGGCCAGAGCUAUACUCCGACGCAAUCGUAUCCUAGUGUUAGACGAGGCGACCGCUAAUGUCGAUCACAACACCGAUUCACUCAUUCAGCAGACAAUACGCCAGAACUUUGCCGACUGUACGGUCAUAACGAUAGCCCACAGACUCAAUACAAUCAUCGAUUCAAAUAAAGUAUUGGUUUUAGACUCCAGAAGAGUCCAACAGUUUGACAGUCCGUACCGUUUGUUGCAAAACAAUUGCGGACUUUUCUAUAAACUGGUCAAACAAACCGGUCCUCAAAUGGCCGGUCAACUUAUGAGUUCAGCCAAACAGGCCUACGAUAGACAUGUAAUGUCUGAUUAUGACAAUAAUACUACUAUUAUUGAUGAACAGGCCUACGAUAAGACU